AUGACAACUGCACAAGGUUAGUUUAGACCUUAACCAGGUUAAAAGCCGCCGUUAAGUGCUUGAUUUUCGUGUCCCUUAGUGGUUGAACAGCGAACUUAUUGGGCGUUUUAAACGGUAACAGUUCCAUAUGAUUGACAGCUACUUAGGUCUUGCCCAAACCAGAUUUCUAGAGUAUUGUUUUGAAUCAAUUUCUGUACAAGAUACAACUAAAAUCAUGUCAGUCUUAAAGAAAAUAAAUACUUUGUUUGCGAAGAGUAACGUAAGCACAACUAUUACAGGAGGUGGACGUCAUUAGCUGAUAUUAGAUUAAAAAAUAAUGUCACUGAAGAUUAAUAUCACACCUUAGGCUUUCCUGACAACUUAGCUCUUAUAUUUAACACUGGGUGGUGAGAAGCAAUGCGAGAUUAACGUAUUCUCCCUAUGAACACAACACAAUGUAACUUCGUACCCAGGGUCCUCUCUUUUGCACCUAGGUGAGAAUAGCCUGGUACAAAAUCGAGGCUAAGGGGAGUGGAACAAUCAGAUUGAUUGGGCGAGAGCUAACCUUUGCUUACCUUUUCACCCAUUUACCUUGAUAUGUUUACAAAUACCUUCUUUUUUUUUUUGUCAGGUGGAUGGACUCUUAUCGGUCGCUUUCUUAUGAAAGAUAAUAAUCCUAAUAACCUUCCUUCUGUUACCUCAAAUUCUUACAGGGAGAUUCUCCCUAAAUAUAAAUCUAACAACUACUAUUUGUUACGGAAGGGCUUCAAUCAGCUAAAAAACGACAUGGGCUUCACACAGAUCCGGUUCUACUGCUUCAAAAAGAAAGUUGGCCGCGUGCUUCACAUUAUGACCACCAAGGAUUCCAAGGGAGCAAAUGUGUUGGCGUAUUUAACGGACAGUAACAGUUUUCCCCGCGCUUGCGGUUCUUUUACGCGUCUCGGAGACGACCACUCAAUACUUGCAAAAAACUGUGAAAAAUGGGGCCACCCAACAAAAAACAGAUGGGGACAUAGCGGGUAUUUAAAAGACAACCGUCUGUUUUCAAGAGCACUGUUAAUUCCGUGGGCCCGCUAUUACUCGCUCAUAGGCGCUUUGCCUCAUGCAUGUGAUGAUGAUGUCGCCAAAGACAUCGCAAUGUCUUUGGGUGACUUAUGGCAGAUAUUUGUGCGUUAA